AUGGCCCCUCGGCGCCUCCUGUUGGUCGGGGAAGGGAAUUUCUCCUUCGCUGCUGCCCUGAGCGAGACCCUAGAUCCCAGUGUUAGACUUACCGCCACCUGCCUCCAGGAUCCAGUGGACGUAGCUCGCGAUCCGGUGGCCCGGGAGAACCUACAGCGCCUGCGCGAGCGAGGUACCGAGGUACGUUUUUGUGUAGACUGCACCCAACUGGCAAAGGCCUUUGAACCGCACGACAGGGAGUUUGAUCGAAUUUAUUUUAACUUUCCGCACUGUGGACGCAAAGCUGGAGUAGCCAAGAACAGAGAGCUGCUUGCCAAGUUUUUCCAGAGCUGUGCAGAGGUUCUUGCAGAGGAAGGAGAAGUUCAUGUGGCAUUGUGUAGAGGACAAGGUGGAACUCCUGCUGAUAAGCCCCAGAGAGAAUGGCACAACAGUUGGCAAGUGGUUGCCAUGGCAGCUCUGGGGGGGCUCAUUUUAAGUGAUGUGCAUCCCUUCAGCUGUGAGGCUGUGCCAGGGUACAAGUGCACUGGAUAUAGGAGUCAGAAUAAAUGCUUUCGUGUAGAAGGUGCUUUGAACCAUAUUUUCACCCGGAGCUUACUCUUUGAAGAUUCUCAACCCAGAAUCUUCCGAAUCAAACUGGGAGACCAGUGGUUUUUCUUGCCAGAACCGGCAGCACUUGCAGGAAAGCUGAACAGGGGUUUCUUGGAAACAUCUUCAUGCCAUCCUGUCAAAACCAUAAAUGAGAAACUCAUUGCUGAAUUGGGCACAGCUUUCCCUCUAAAAAGGCUGAAGUGUUCCUUCCCUUUGUUGUCACUGGGGGAUACCAAUGUUCAGCCUUCUGGGGUCUGUCUAUCUGCAUUUUGGAUUGGUCUCUGUGAAGAUAACUCAAAUGACAAGUCUCUGACUACUGAAACAACAGCAGAAAUGGAGGACUUUGUAGUAUCAUUUUCAGAACUUAAGCUUCCCAAGAGUCCUGGAAGAGAUGGUAAGGAAGAAGCUCAUGAAGGAAUCUGUGGACAGGCCAAGGUCUGCCUUAGAUCUUCUCUUCUAGCUCAUGCUCAAGCUGUUGUCCAAUCACCAGGCUUCCUCCCAGGUUUUCUGCACGUCCUCAGUGGACCUGUCUUUCGGAAGUGCAACAUUUUGCCUUUUGCAAUGCCAGCAUUUCAUGAGACUUUAUUUAUACUUGGGUUUAAUAAAAACCUGAAGGAUAGCUAUCUUCCAUCACUACUGGAUCACCUGAAGGGCAUCCUAGCUGGCCUUCUGCCCAAAGAUCAGCCGGAGAACUCUGUGCUGAGAAGAUCAGUGGAAUUUGUCCUUCAACCAAAUGGGAAAGAUUCUUUGAUUCAUGUGAAUUCUCAUAAUUUUGGUCCAGAUUAUGUCAAGGAUCUGAUUAUUGGGUCUCUCACCACAUCUGCUAUAAGCAUUACUUAUGAAGAUCAGUGUUUUGUGUUUGUAUCUAUAAACUUGGACUUAUUAGCCAUGCUUAUCUGGGGUAUCUCUGAUUGGAGAAUAUUGUGGACCUUUGAUAGCCGUUUCCUGAAAAAUUUUGUCCCUGGGAAAAUAGAACCCUUUAAAAACUAUUCCUUGUAUCCUCCAUGUUAUGUGCAUGAUAUUAGUUUCUGGUUAGAUGAAAAGGAAGAAUUUGAUGAACUAGAGUUUCACACUGUGGCCCGAGCAGUGUCUCAGGAUACUAUUAUAUCUUCUACAUUCCUCGGUCGUUUUCAGCAUCCAAAGACUGAACAGGUCAGUCUCUGCUAUAGGAUGACCUACCAGACGUGUGAUAGCCUCACCCAGCAGCAGGCUGCAUCAAUGCAGUCCCAGUUUAGAAAAGAGUUUCAACAACGACUACAUAUUACUCUUCGAUAG